UACUCCCAGAUGAGGGAUGAGGUCUUCAAGUCCAACCUGGUGUGCGCCUUCAUCGUGCUCAUCUUCAUCACCACCAUCCAAAGCCUGCUUCCCUCGGCCAGAAUGGUAACCAUGGUGGUCCAGUUCUCCAUCCUCAUCGUCCUCCAUUCCUGCCUGGUCCUAGUCACAACGGCGGAGGACUACAAGUGUCUGCCUCUGGUCCUACGAAAAGCCUGCUGCUGGAUCAACGAGACCUACGCGGCGCGAAACGUCAUCAUCUUCGUCUCAAUCCUCAUCAACUUCCUGGCAGCCAUGAUCAAUAUACUGUGGUGUGACUUCGACAAGUCCAGCACCUUCAGGAACCAGACGUACAACGAGUCAGCCUCCAUCCCCGACAUCUGCUUCUACCCAGAGUACUUCGUGUUCACGGGGGUCCUGGCGAUGGUGACGUGUGCAGUGUUUCUGCGGCUGAACUCCGUGCUGAAGUUGGCAGUGCUGCUGGUGAUGAUCGCCAUCUACUCGCUGCUGACCGAAGCCUUCUACACCUCGCUGUUUGUCCGCUACGACACCGUCCACCACAACACAGAGAACUUCCUGGGAACGAAGGAAACAUCGCUGCUCCUCAUGGCCAUGUUCCUCCUCGCAGUGUUUUACCACGGACAGCAGUUGGAGUACACAGCGCGACUGGACUUCCUGUGGCGCGUCCAGGCUAAAGAGGAGAUCAACGAGAUGAAGGAGCUGCGAGAGCACAACGAGAAUAUGCUGAGGAACAUCCUGCCCAGCCAUGUGGCACGCCACUUCCUGGAGAAGGACCGGGACAACGAGGAGCUGUACUCGCAGUCCUACGACGCUGUGGGUGUGAUGUUUGCCUCCAUCCCGGGCUUCGCCGACUUCUACUCCCAGACCGAGAUGAAUAACCAGGGAGUCGAGUGCCUGAGGCUGCUCAACGAAAUUAUUGCAGACUUUGACGAGCUGCUGGGCGAGGACCGUUUCCAGGACAUCGAGAAGAUCAAGACGAUCGGCAGCACCUACAUGGUCGUGUCUGGUCUGUCGCCUGAAAAACAGCAAUGUGAAGAUAAAUGGGGGCACUUGUGUGCGUUGGCAGACUUUGCCAUCGCCCUCAACGAGAGCAUCCAGGAGAUCAACAAGCACUCUUUCAACAACUUCGAGCUGAGGAUCGGUAUGGCUCACGGCUCUGUGGUGGCGGGCGUGAUCGGUGCCAAGAAGCCGCAGUAUGACAUCUGGGGGAAGACGGUGAACCUGUCCAGCCGGAUGGACAGCACGGGCGUGAGUGGCAAGAUCCAGGUGCCUGAGGAGACCUACCUGAUCCUCAAGGAGCGAGGCUUUGCCUGUGAAUACCGUGGUGAGAUCUACGUGAAGGGCAUCAGCGAGCAGGAGGGCAAGAUCCGAACGCACUACUUGCUGGGCCGGGUGCAGCCCAACCCGCUCAUCAUGCAGCCGCGCAAAAUCACCGGCCAGUACUCGCUGGCGGCCGUGGUGCUCGGCCUGGUGCAGUCUCUCAAUCGACAGAAGCAAAAGCAGAUCCUCAACGAGAACAACAAUUCGGGCAUCAUGAAGGGUCACCACCACUACAACCGCAGGACGUUGUUAGCGCCCGGUGGCUCCGAGGUGGGAGGGGGGCAUCACGCAGAAGUGGCUGACAAGACUGAGCUGUCCUGAACAGCAGACUGGAGCUUUAGUUCCAUGCACAUUUCUCAGAGGCAGAGAUGCUCUUCAGGCAAAGAUAAUCCCAGUGGUUGAGUAAAAACCUCAGUGCAGCUAAUGAACAGUGGUUUUCUGACAAAGUAAUGUUUGCAUACAUCCACAAUAGAAAAGCUGGUGAAAGUUCUUUAGGAGUCAUAACUUUAUCACUGCAGAACUGAACACAACCUGGCUCCUGAUUACGGAAUCGGACCAAUCAGAGCAUUGUAGGCUUUGUUAUUGAUUAUAUAUUAAAUGAUAAGAAGUUUAGAUCAGUGCAGUUUUUCUCAACUGACAGUGACUUCAACAGGAUUGAUACUAGUUGGAGCACAAUGGAAUCCAUUACUAGGUUCAAGCUAGUAAUGGAAAAGUAAUGUAAAACUUUUUAAGCUUUCCAACCCUAAUUAUGGUUCUCAAAAGAAAGACCAACACGUUUCUGCAGGGUCGCUCACAAAUUGCAGAAACAUUCGAGUCCAACAGGUCUCACAUGUAGUUAUACUGUACAUAAGCUGGAUCCCUUUUGUUCGACGUAAGAGCAAAUCAUCUCACGAUGAAACUUGCAUCUUGGAAAUUUGAUCAAUUCGGCCCCUUGGUGUCAAACAGGCAGAUUAGGAGAGUUCAAAAUCCUCAUCUUAAAAACCUCUUUUGAAAAAGAAUAGUACAAAUAUGCAAAUACACAGACAAGUAAGUCCUGGGUUAAACUGUACUUUAUAGUGAUUUUGUCCAUGAGCAGCACUAAGGGGCAAUGUUUUUAUAUGUGGGUCCUCACUGUUUGUUUCUGUGAUGCAUUGUACGCAUUUCUUCCCACUUUCAUCAAGAUCUACAGAAACACCAGAAAACAUAGCAGUGCACCAGCAAACACAGGGAAGAUGAAGGCUGCAAGCUUAUAUCUGUGGAAGUUAACAAUGCAGGUUACAAACUCAACAAAAACUGGUGGAACAAAAUGAGCGUGUUCAUUAGAUCUCAAGGAUACAAACGAUGAAUGUAAACAAACUGUUUACAAGAAACCUCCACAGGGCACCUUGAUGAGGUUGAUUAGAAUGUUAGCUUGUUUACCUGGCUCCUAAGCCAGUGAGCUACUCUUUCAACGUUAUGCAUAUCAGGUAGGAAAGAAUGACUUGCAUAUUUUCAGCAGCUAUUUCAUUCUUCCAGGUUUCCCAGUUAGCCUGACUUCUUCCACUGAGGUUUAACUCAACCAGUGAGCUUAUUCCUGUCUCCUGAAUCAACUCUGCUUUUGAUGAAUGUUUGUAGAACUGAAACUCUACUUUGUCCCUGAAGGAAGUGGAGGAGUUGGUGUGGAGGAGCGAGGGAGGAACUUGACGGGACCGCUACGUUCCGUUUUCAUACGCCCUCACCUGUUCGAUGUCUGUUCGACUGAUUCCCUCAGACUGUCUGACGUUCCUCCUGUCGUAUCAACUUCCCCUUUUUACGUCGACUGGCCACUGGCCCUUCCCUGUCCAAAACCCAGAGACCCUUUCCCGCUCAGACCCUCGCCCGGUGUUGAUGUUUCUUUUUUGUAUUUCUUUUAUAUAUGACAACACAAUAAA